AUGGCCAAGUCACCAAAGAGACCAGGUAGCCAGGGACCUGAAAAUUCGAGUCUGAAAAAAGCCAAAAGGGAAGAUAAUAAUGACACUCUGUUGGAAGACGAAGAACCGGCGUUUGAGAUAGGAAGCGGCACGGCUAGUGAAAGUUUGGAGCCUGGGACUACAGAUUUUGGAUCGGAUAUGCCCACUCCCUUCGAUAGUAUGGUCGAUAGACCAACAUCAUCCGGGGUUGUUCUUCCAGAAAGUAAAACCCCUACAACGAACCUUGUGAACUCCACGAAUGCCACCACACAGGAUAAGAAAAAGAUCAAACCGAAGGGGAUGCAGCAAACUACCAAAAAAAUGCAACAAUCAGUGCAAGCUGGCGGAUCAAACCCUUCGGGCAAUGGUAGUGGGACCACUAAUGGCUCAGGUAAUGCAGCUGCAAACCCAAAUCAGGCGGCAUCCUCUAAAAUGCAAACAGAUCCUGACAAGUUGAGUGAUGCUCUUUUUUCUGCAGGUGUUGAUAUCCGUGAAGAAGAGGCGUUGCUAAACUCGUCCAUGAACAUCACCAAAAACAGCGCACAGUACUCAGAUACGGCCCUCAACAACACACUGCCGCCGCAAGUUCCACUUUUGCAUCCGUCCCAAGUUGCAGACUUCAUGAAGAAAGUUGGCACGGAACAAAACUUCAAUCAGGAUUUUUCCAAAGCUCACGACGUGCUAAGUUUAAUGUCAUCAGCUUGCGAGGCAUUUAUGAGGGACAUAAUAACCAAUUCUCUCGUUCUUUCCAGACACCGACGUCGCUCGAUAAGGUUGAACUCCAACCGUCGAAGCGACGUGUCGCGCGCUCUGCGAGAUAUCGCCAUUCAGCAAAAAGAACAGGAAGAGAAACGAGUCAAGAGAAGAAUUUCUAUGGGGCUGGAAAAAGAGACCGCAGAGGCUAAAGUUGAGACCGAAGAGACGUUGCAUAGGGCCUCCAACGCCACUGCUAAUAUGAUGACAGGUGGCAAGAAGAAGUACAGCUGGCUGAACGCUGGUCCGAAAGCUAACAAUAAUUCUGUCAAGGUUUUGGGUAAAGUAUCGUCAGACGUUGCUGCUCGUGGUGAAAUCGGCAUUCGAUACCGCGAAGCUAGGGAAGAACCGGGGAUUGUUAUGAGAGAUCUACUGAACGCUUUGGAGAACAGAAGAGUUGGUGUAAAUACAGUGAUCCCGAAGGGCUACGCAAGAAUAAGAGACUGA